UGGAAAAUAUACAAUCUGAGUUAAGCCAGCUAGACCGUAAGAGGAUCUAUGAAUUCAGCUUGUUGUAUGCUAGCGACUGGUUUUUGUGCACUGUGUUUGAUGAACUGGAAGCAAGGUUUAGGAAGAAGGAUUUGGUGCCACUGAAACAUCUUGAUUUUACAGUGGGGAUGUAUAAUAGUUUGGAUAAAUAAGUUGGUAAAGUGUAUGAAUAAGUGAGGCCUCACCUUCUUCUCACCGAUUAGGACUCUGACAUUCUCGUUUGUGGAUAAUGAAAAGGAUAAAUAAAGUUGAAAAGAUUGUUAAUAAGUGAAUUUUUAGUAAAUUUGAGUGCCUCAAAAUAUCAUUUGAGUUUACUUCCUUGGGAAGUCUGCACUUUAAAUAUUACGCCAAACAUUUUUUUGAGAAUUAUGCACAGAGUGAGUAAGGAGCUGGUCUUGUAUGGGCUGACAAUUAACAGAAGACAUUUCGAAGCCAUUAUUCAUAACACAAGUCAUCUGGAAAGAUUAGAGUUUUAUAUCUGUAAGAUUGACUCUGAAGGGCUCAGAUUUAGGACAGACUUGGAUUAUAAAGUAAAAGUUCUUUCAUUCAUCAGCUCUGGAGAAGUUAGCAACAGUAAUUGGCUAGUUCAUCCAGUGAGAUUUGAAUACAUACUCAAUGCUAUUGCUAAUUGCUCUCUCAAGACUUCUCUUCAACUAAUUGAUAUAAAGUGGUGAUUUAUUCAUCAAGAUAACGCGGAGAAUAUGUUUCUAAAACAUAAUCUAAGGAAUAUCAAGGUGUUUGGACUUUAUGAUAAAAAUUAUAAGAUUUAUUCAUUCAUCUUAUAACUAAUCCUCUUCUUAAAAUGAUGAUUAUAACUUAUAAUUUU